CCCAACCCACUUAGGACGGUAAAAAGUUUCUUCCCUGACCAGAAUGCAACGGAACCAAAACAGAUUGAAAUCGAGGCGUUUUGGCGUGGGGUGGGUUGGAAUCUUCUCGACGCAGUUGAACUCUGUCUCUCUUCUCCUUUUACCUCAAAUCAGCGCACAUUUUGCACCAAAAUGGGAAGGUCGAGCACGUUGCAUUGUGAAGUUCAAUUGCUAGAUGAUCAGAGCACGAUUUUGGAUCUAGAUGUAAGUGUUUUGUGCCCUUUUUGCGGUAGACCUAGUGUUGCUUUGAUUCGGAUGCAAUGUUGUUGUAUCCAUCAAAUGGUAUUCAUUUUGGUUUAUAAUAGCUUCUGUCACUGUUUAGCGAUUUUAUGUAAUUUGUUGGUAACGGUUAAUCUCUAAACUCGAUAAAGAACCUGCUAAUUUUUAAUCAUGGGCGAGGGAAACUAAAAGAUUAGAAGGCGAAAGUGUAUUAUGCAAAAUAUUCAUUAUCGUGUUUGGUGGCGGAGGGUUUGACUGUUAUUUAAAAAAGAACGAACUUAUAUGCCAUGAGCCCAGAUAGAAUGCAAACUAUGCAACAAUCAGAAGGUCUGUUUUAUUUUUCAUACUUGUUUAAAUGUUUAAUGGUGGUACGCAUUCAACGAUCGAGCUCUACUAUCGCGCGUUAAUUACAGUAAUUAAUUUUCAAAGAUGGCUUGCCUAAACUGUUUUAUUCAUGAUUUUCUUUCGUCGCUUGGGCGGAAUAACAAAUACUAAAGGUAGUUGUGAACUGAACAUCACUUAAAAAUCAUUAUCCUUGUCAAGAAAAAAUGUUAGAAAGAAAAGAAUCAUGUGUUGAUCAUUUGAUAUCCUCUUGUUAAAUUCCUGGCUCUGUUGUUUAUUCCUGUAACAACACAAUGUUGUUCUUUGGCCAAUUCUAUUAAAGCGUGGUGUAAACACCUUGUGCCUAAUACAGCUGUAAAUAUAUGUGAGAGUUAACUAAUCCAUGUUUUUAUGAACAUUUUACUUUUCAGUAGUGCAUUAGAUUUUAUAUGUCAUGGUUUAAAAUUAGCUUCAUUAUAAAAUUUUUUUAAGUGAUUUGAGUCGUUUUCUCUUUGUUUGAAGUAGAGAUUAUUAUAUGUCUGAAGGAAACCAAAAUAGUUUUCAGAUAGAACUAGAAUUGGAAAGACUUCUGUGUAACCUCAUAAUAUUCUGAAACAAGGCUGUAGUCAGAAAGACAAUCUUGUCUUCAUAAUUUUUUUUUUAUCCCUAUUGAAGGGUGCGGAAAUAUUGCCAGCAUCAACCUAGCAUGAAACCUCUCUUGCCAUCACCAUUUUUGACAUCAAUUUUACACUUGAUCAAUGGAUUUUAGUUUAAUUUAUUUAUUGGUAUGUGAAAACAGUGCCAGUACCAUUUCAUACAGUGCCUUUCGUACUUGCUUUCAUUUGGAAUAGCUGUAACUAUCUUCUGAUCAGCAGAUUCUUUUAUGCAUGUGUGUACCUGUUUUGAUCAACAUGAGUGUUGGACUUAAAAGUUGAUGCAGACACUUGCUUUCAGAGUUAGGACUUAGUUUUGAGCAUUUCGUUAUAUGAACUUUUUUUGCUCGCUUUGUAUACAGCUCAAGACUAGUUGAAGGCUUUCUAUACAACCAAAUACUGUAUUUAAUUUAAUUAAUUUAGUAUAUUUUUAUGGGCAAGAUUGGACUCUCACCUCUUUUAAUUGCCAAAAUGUCUUUUUACUGUGUACUCUGGCAAUCUACUCAAACAUUGUAAACACUGGCAUUGUAAGGUCAAUUGUUCUGGAGUGGAUUGUCUCAGAAUACUUUGCACCCAAAUAUCAGUAUGAACAUUCUCCACUCUGUUUUCUGUGAAAGGCAAAACUGACGGUAGCGGAAAACCGUUCAAACGAUAAAAAUGCAUGGAUGACGAAUGGUUAAAGAACAGUCUCUGAAGUGUUCAUACGGUUGCCUAUCUGUUCGAAUGAGUGAAUAAAUUAUUCGAACGGUUUACUUAGCCAUUUGAACGGAUGAGUAAAACAGAUAAUGUCAAACAGAUGGGCAAGCUGUUCAAAUGGAUGAAAAUAUUAUCAAUCCGUACAAUUGGUUUUACUAAUCGUACAGGUGAAUAAAUGGUUUGUGAAACUGUUCUGAGUACAUGGCCUGAUCAUGGAACAGGUAAUGUUGCUGUGUAUUGUUUUCAUUUCAUUUGUCAUUGUUGUCAAUUUCAAGGCCUUUAUUCUCACAAUCAAAAAAGGAGAUUAUUUCAAUUUCUCAUCAAUUUAAAAUGAGAGCUGAGUUAAUCGUUGUCGUACGAUUUAGUCACAUAGAUGUGGAUUGCAAUGUUUCAACUGCUGUUGAGAAACGAUGAAUGCAUUUUCUCAUUUUGAACAGAUGAAUAGAAGGGAUGUCAAACCGUUCGAAUGGAUGGUGCAGUUCUCUGCACUGACACUUCUAGUUUGCAAACAGAUGCAAAAACUGUUCGAACAGAUGUCGCAAUACUUUGAAAGGAUGCUAAUGUAUUUCAAU